AUAUAUAUCAAUUCGUAGUGCUCGAUUCGCGCGAAUUUGUGAAAAAAAAAUAUUUUCUUUUGGGGGUUAAUUUUGAAGAAGGAAAAAAUCAGCAGAGAUGUUUGGGAGAGCGCCGCCGAAGAAAAGCGAUAACAACAAGUACUAUGAGAUCUUGGGCGUGGAGAAAACUGCUUCGCCGGAUGAUCUGAAGAAGGCGUAUCGUAAAUUAGCGAUUAAAAAUCACCCCGAUAAAGGUGGAGAUCCGGAAAAGUUUAAAGAGAUUGCGCAAGCGUAUGAAGUAUUGAAUGAUCCAGAGAAGCGUGAGAUAUACGAUCAGUAUGGUGAGGAUGCUCUGAAGGAAGGAAUGGGCGGCGGAGGUGGCGGUGGUCAUAACCCGUUCGACAUCUUCGAAUCCUUUUUUGGCGGUAGUGGUCACCCUUUUGGAGGUGGUGGAGGUAGUAGAGGACAAAGAAGACAAAGACGGGGUGAGGAUGUUGUUCAUCCCUUAAAGGUUUCGCUGGACAAUCUGUACAACGGGACCUCGAAGAAGCUCUCUCUCUCCCGGAAUGUUCUUUGCCCCAAAUGCAAAGGUAAAGGGUCGAAAUCUGGAGCUUCGAUGAAAUGUGGUGGCUGUAAAGGAUUAGGGACGAAAGUGUCGAUUAGACGAAUAGGCCCUUCAAUGGUUCAGCAGAUGCAGCAUACUUGCAACGACUGCAAAGGCAGCGGUGAAAUUAUUGCCGACAAAGACCGAUGCGGGAAGUGCAAGGGCGACAAGGUUGUGCAAGAAAAGAAGGUUUUGGAAGUGGUCGUCGAGAAAGGCAUGCAACACGGCCAGAAAGUCACCUUCCCAGGCGAGGCCGAUGAAGCGCCUGACACUGUCACGGGAGAUAUUGUGUUUGUACUUCAACAAAAGGAGCACCCUAAGUUUAAACGAAAGGGCGACGAUCUGUUUGUCGAGCACACCUUGACACUGACUGAAGCACUAUGCGGUUUUCAGUUCGUCUUGACUCAUUUGGAUAAUCGGCAACUCCUCAUUAAAUCUGAACCUGGCGAAGUUAUCAAGCCUGAUCAAUUCAAGGCGAUUAAUGACGAAGGAAUGCCCAUGUACGAAAAGUCAUUCAUGAAGGGGAAACUUUACAUACAAUUCACUGUGGAUUUCCCAGAAUCUUUAAACCCCCAGCAAAUCAAAGCUCUUGCGACUGUGUUGCCCUCAAAAAAGUCAACAACUCAGUUGACCGAUAUGGAAUUAGACGAAUGUGAGGAGACGACUCUGCAUGACGUAAAUAUGGAAGAGGAGAUGCGUAGAAAACCGCAGCAACGUGCGCAUGAGGCUUACGAUGAUGAUGAUGAAGAUAUGCAUGGAGGCGGCGCUCAGAGUGUGCCGUGUGCACAACAGUGAUUGUUGGUAUUCUAUGCUUUUAUUGUUUUUUUUUUUUUAAUUUUAAUUCAUUUUAUUUUAUUUUUUAUUUGUCUUCUAAGUCUCUAUGAUAAUUCGGUUUUAGUUAUUCGAUAAAUAAAUCAUAGGACCAUUUCUUGAAGAUUGCUCUUUACCUUUGUAAAUAAAUGAAUUAAAGGUACCUUUUCUUUUUUUCCCCUAA